CAGGGAACAGUGCACGACGUCACGUGACCCCACUCAGCCAACGCAGGCCGCACGCGUGUGCCUGGAGCUGCCUUGAGCUUUGGAGCUCCAAGCUCACCACAUGCAAACCACCAACAACGUCCCGCUCGCUCACCCGUUGUUUCUACUCUCCACGAUCUGCAUCUCGUGUCGUCGACCUCUUUUACGACCUACCCCGACCGGAAGCGAUCCCCCCCACCUGCGACAAUGGAGUUUGGCAAUUCGGGCUGCCUGAGCGAGGAUGGUAUCCAUGUGGAUAUGGACCGGUUGAAGAAGGGCGAGGUGAACCUGGGUACAUCGAUCAUGGCGGUAACAUUUAAGGACGGUGUCAUAUUGGGAGCCGAUUCUCGUACAACGACAGGCGCAUACAUUGCGAACCGAGUCACCGACAAACUCACGCGUGUAAAUGAUACCAUCUGGUGCUGCCGAUCAGGGUCCGCCGCCGACACACAAGCCGUUGCCGACAUCGUGCAAUACCAGCUUGGCCUGUUCGCCAUGAUGAACGGCAAGCCCCCAACAACACAGACGGCGGUGUCCAUUUUCCAAGACAUAUGCUAUGCGAACAAAGACAGGCUGUCGGCUGGUCUAAUUGUCGCCGGCUGGGACGAGCGGCACGGCGGCCAGGUCUACAGCAUCCCCCUCGGCGGCUCACUACACAAGCAGUCGUAUGCGAUCGGCGGUUCGGGCUCGACCUACAUCUACGGCUUCUGCGAUGCGAACUGGAAAGAGGGUAUGGAGGAGGAGGACGCGGUCAACUUCGUGAAAGAGGCCUUGAAGGAGGCGAUCAAGUGGGAUGGAAGCUCUGGCGGCGUGAUCCGCAUGGUUGUCCUGACAGAGAAAGGCGCAGACAGACACCUGUAUCUGCCCGAUACAGAAUACCAGGUCCGACACGAGUGAGCUUAGUUCGGCGGUCAUGGGCUGGUAGCGGAUGGGCGACAGAGCUGAGCCAAGGGUCUCAAUGGAGAGCCUAGGCGCUGUACAGUACUACUAAAUCUCGGUCACGAAUAGACAGAGAUGGCUGAUAAAUUUUCUCCUUGUCACCGUAUACAGUAGCCCAGCGAUGACUUUGGAUUUGACUUACCCCCACACAGCCUGCCGGCUGGUGGAGGCAAUGAUGGAAAAUCUAACAAAUAAGGCGGUGAAGAAACAGCAAUGCCCAUAGCGACCAGUCUGCUUAUGGACAUCUGCCUAGCGAAUCGGAGGCCACCGCAAAAGGAGACUGAACUACUCGACUCGGGUCUCACUCGAUAGCAUUUUUGGCCGGGCUACCCCUACCAUGGGAAUCCAGCUGUGGCCGUUCCCUAAACCCCACGAGUGACCAAGCG